AUGCCGCCGAUCACGCUGCCGCCGCCCACGCUGGCGCCGUCGCCGCAGCCGACGCCGGAGCCGCCCACGGCGGCGCCCGCUGCGAGCCCCACUCCGCCGCCGACGCCGGUGCUUCUGCUGGCGGCCGGAGACCAGAUCACGGUCAGCCUCGGCAAUAGCACGACCGACACAAAGUGCGUUACGGUCGCGCAGCCAGUGUCUUGUGCAUCCGAUGCGUGGUCUUGGUACGCCUCAGAGGAGCCCCAGGUGGAGCACUGUGCGGAGCCGUUUGCGUCGUCUGGCUGUGAGUCCAACGGCGGCAACUGCUCCACGGUGUUCGUGCCGAGCCUUCACUUGUGCGUGGAGUGUGCACAGGACGGUGCGACAAUCCUUACGGAGGAGACGGUGUCCUCAUUGGACACGCCCGCUACGUGGUGCACGCAGGUUGUGGCUACAUCCGAGGCGCCGACGCCGACCCCAGCACCACCUGCGACGCCAGCACCACCUGCGCCGGAGGAUCUACCCUUCUGGCUCACAGCAUACCCGUGCGACCGGAACGACUUUGCUGGGGAGGUCGGCAUGGUUUUUGAAGUCGAGACAGAUCCGGUAUGGGUCCAUGCGCUGGGCCGCGCGGUACCACAAGGCCAGGCGGCCCUCACAGACACGGCCACAGUAAAGGUAUGGGAUGGGAGCACGGAGGCAAUGUUGGCGAGUGUGGGUGUCGGGCCAGAUUCAGCUGUACAGAACGGUUACGCGAUGGAGAGCUUGCUGUCUCCACUGUAUUUGCCCGUGGGAGUCUACCAUCUCUCUCAGGACACCUGGGAGGGUAUGGAUUUGUGGGCCAAUGGCGCUUUCACCCCGACGGUCGGAGAUGACGUGUCGAGCGGGCUUACUUUCCUUGGCGGUUGCUUUGCCUGGACUGCAUGGGAAUUCCCCGACAUUCGCGAUGGAGCUACACAACGCGCUGGAAUGUUGCAGCUGAACUUUGCGACGACGGCGGGUGGGUGCGUCGACACAAAUGACGGCGCUUUGUCGCCAAAUGGUUACGAUUGUGCGCCUCCAUAUGGUACGCAGUGGUUGUGCAAUUGGCAGUUGGCAAGCUACUACGAGGACAGCGACUUCACGCCGUCGGACAUGUGCUGUGCAUGUGGAGGUGGUCGUGAGCCGACGCCGGCCCCACCACCGACACCAGCAAUACCGUCGACGCCUGCUCCCCCACCAACGCAGGCCUGUGACCCGGGUGCAGGGUUUCGAUACUAUCGCAUCAGCAAUGGAGACAGCAUCCAAGCGAGCUCUUGCUCCUACACUUGGGAUUUAGCUGAGGUAGUGUUCCAGGAUACGAGCGGACAUUCAGUCCCUGCAAGCGUUCACUCAACGUCGACUGAGCACUGGCUUUUCCCAGGAAGCCAGGUUGUUGAUGGCGACUUCACGACGUACUGGGCGGGUGAUUGGUUUUCCGACGACAGCAUUGUUGGAUUAGGCACUUCUUGUUUUGAUGCAGGGAGGGUCGGUCUUCAGUGGAUAGUACUGGACUUGGGCUCCACGAUCCCUCUCAAUAGAAUCGAUGUGGCACAGUUGACCACGUAUGACGAUUACUCGGUAUCCCAGAUCCGGUAUGAAUGCUCAGAAGGCGAUGACCUUUGGACAGCUGCGACGACUGUACCCAUUGGCUUGCUGGGGACCACGACCAUCUUCCCGACGGAUGCGAGCUGCUCUGGUGAUUACGAAGCUGAAGAUGCCACAAUUGCUGGUGGGGUUGUCCAAAACGCCAACGGGGGAUAUUCUGGAGUUGGAUACAUCAAUUUGUUUGAUUCAUACAGCGCUUCCCUACUAUGGACAGUCCAAGCCUGCACAGCGGGGAUCCACGAGCUAAAGGUUACGUACGCUUUGGAAGAAGGGGACCGCCCUUUGAGGUUGAUUGUGAACUCAGCCAUCGAAGACGGCUCCUGGAGCUUCCCCGCUACGGGGUCGUGGAGUACAUGGGACGUUGUCACACAACAUGUCGUAUUACAGGCGGGUCUAAACGCAGUCAAGAUCAUGACCUUGGGCUACAGUGGUGCGAAUAUAGAUAAGCUGACAAUCGUGUAUACAGGAGCCGCCAUUACCGAGGGCUCUCGGCGUGCCAGCUCCUGGUCCUGGAGCUCUGCUGGUGCCAGCGAGCAGAACUGGAGCUCCGAGGAGGACGCCGCAUUCGCGAUCACCGUCACGGAGGGCUCGACCGUGUGCGCGCGGCGGCUGGACUCGGCCAGCGGCUGGGCGCGGCCCCUGGAGGCCACCUGCACCGUCACGGAGCACGAGGUCUUCCGCUUCAGCGGCCAGGACCAGCACUACGAGACGCUGGGCCGCUCGAGGCUGCGCGUGCAGGCGUGGGGCGCCGGCGGGGGCAGCGUGCCGGCGGAGGGCGGGGGCGAGGGCGGCGCGGGCGGCUACGCCGAGGCCGCGCCCGGCCCGUAUCCUCUCGGCCGCCCUCUCCGCGGAACGAGGGCGCCCACCGUGCAGCGGCCCGGGCCCUCGCCGGGCUGAUCUCUCGGGUCCAGGGCCAGGAGAGCGUGCUGGCACCGAUCCUCGGCCCAGGGCGGUCUCCUGCCAGAUCGGCGCAGGCGUCCCCCCGUGCUCUGUGACUCGGGUCCCCCCUGCCUCACUCUUGCUGCUUGUCUCGCUCCCCUCCCUCUGUCUCUGCCUUUGUCUCUGUCUCUGUCUCUCUCCUCUCUCUCUCUCUCUCUGUUUUUUCACCCCUUCUCCUCCCUCUC